CUUUAGCAGUUCCCUAAGGGUUCCUCACUCCAUAGUUCCAAGAGGCCAGGGGUUGCUGGGGAAUCCACAGAAACAGGAAACGAAGCUUCCUCCAUCCAGUUUCAAAUGUUUAAAAUCUGUUUCCUUUCUCUACCGCAAAUAACAUCCCCAGAUGGGUGUCUGUGCAGGUUCAUUGUGAAAGUGGCAGCUUGAAAGAGAAGAGGCAGAAGGAGUCUCCUGUGCAGAGGUCUAUCUGAGGGAACCCGGUGAAGUUCUUAUAAGGCAACAGGAUGAAGAAGAUAUUAUUGAUAUUGGUUUUACUAUCCUUAGAGAAGAGCAGCACUGAAGCCAACUCAACUGCCGUGGUUUCGGUAACACUUGUGGAUAACAAAGUGGAGACCACUUAUUCUGGCUUGACUUUGGGUGAAACACAGAGCCUGAGAAAUGGGUUGAUCACACCCCUGCCUCCUGCUUUGGAGAGGUCAAAAGCUGUGCUGAACACAAGCCAAAAAGUGGCCGUAAAAGCCAGUUCUCCUCCAGUUACAGAAGGGAUACAAGGAUUGCAAACUCCAGCAGUGACACAGCAGAAGAAAUCCGUACUCUCCAUAAGCAGCAGUGGCCCCAACAACAGCAUCAACAGCUCGCCAAACGUAAAGUCACCGUCCCUCUCUAACAGCACAAGGAUUCCGGCACAGAUCAGUCCGAGAAGAAGUCCUCUUCAAAGAGAAGUUCCUAAAGGAGCAACUGUGAGCAGGUUUUCCAGACAAUCUGGUUAUGGCAGCAUCAGCAAGCCGAAUGCGGAUCCCAAAAAGCCCAGCUUUGAAACGACCAGGGGAAAGAAUUGGUGCGCCUAUGUCCACACAAGACUACAGCCCACUAUAGUGGUUGACAAUGUAGAAAGCUACACAUCAGGAAGGAACAAGCAAUGCACCUGGCUUACGGGACACUGUGGCUCAAGCUCCCAGUCAAGGACUCAACAAGCUUACAGGAUCAAACAUAUGAUAGUGACAUCACUGGAAUGGAAGUGCUGUCCUGGAUACAGUGGAGCAACGUGCCAGCCCAAAGCCCAACAGGAUCAAUUGCUUAUACAUAGCAACCAAGCAGAGAGCAACACAGCUGUCAAUGGAGAAACAUUUGGAAACCAACAGCAGCAACAGCAUCAGCAGGACCCCAGUGACCCAGCAGUUGCACAAAAAAUGAAUGAGCAGAUUAGCAGCCAGGAGAUGAGACUGACUUUGCUACAGAAGAAGGUUGACAACAUUUCCCUCGUCAUGAGUGAUGUGAGCAAGACACUCUCCUCUCUGGAAGGCAAAAUCAAUGAAGAUAAGGGCAGAGACUUCCAGGCUUUUCUAAAAGAUCUCAAGUCCAAAAGCAUUACUGAACUAGUCAAAGAAAUUGUAAGAGACCAACUGAAAGUCUUCCAGAGUGACAUGCAAGAAACUGUGGCCCAGGUUUUUAGGAUUGUGUCUGGUUUGUCUGAUGACCUUGAGCGUUCCAAAGAAUUGAUCAGAAAUCUGAAUGCUUCCCACCAAAAAAUUGCCACAGAGAUAAUAAAUAGGCCUACACUGGUAGAAAUCCAAGAGAUAAGGAACCAGAUCUUACAUAUUGAAAAGGACAUGAGCAUUACAUGUGGCACGCCAAUCAAAGAACUGCAGGAAAAGCAGAGGUCCAUGGAAGUUGCAUUGGAGCAUCAAAGUUCAAAGAGUAAUGUAUACUAUGAAUCUCUGAACAAGACUCUGAGUCAAAUGAAAGAGGUGCAUGAACAACUCUUAUCAGCUGAACAGACCUCAGACCAAAACAUCCCAAAAGCAGGUAAAUCAGUUAGUGAUAACCUUACAGAUUACAUGAUUAGUCUCCAUGAGAAAGUGAAAACACAGAGUUUGAUGGUUCUGCAGCUUUACGAUGACCUUAGAGUCCAAGACAGUAAGAUAAGUAACCUUACUGUAACGUUAGACAUCCAGAGGGACAGUGUACAAGAAGAAUGUGACAGCAUGUUGUCCAAGUGUAGAAAUGACUUCCAAACGCAACUGAAGGGGAUGGAAGAGAACAUGUAUUCCUUAAAUAAAACAAUGGAGAAUCUGGAGUAUUCCUUGGAUGAUAAGAUGGACAAAAUGAAUGAGCAAAUUAAUGACCUCUGUUAUGAUAUGGAGAUCCUUCAGCCUUUGAUUGAGCAAGGAGUUCCUUUCAGCUUUAGCUCAGAGUAUGAGCAACGGAUUGAAACAGAAGCUAUCUCCACAAAGCUAGAGAAUUUAACCAGUGUUGUGACAGGGCUUCGUUUCACUGUUGAAGAACUCACCAAAAGUCAAAAGGAGCUUAAAAAUGAAGCUCAGACUCACAACGAAGUCUCUGAAAGGCGUCUCGAUGAAUGCUUUGUUUUAAUGGAAGAUGGCAUAAACAAGACAAUGAUGGUUAUAAACAAUGCCAUUGAUUCUAUCCAGGACAAUUAUGUCCUGAAAGAAACAUUGAGUGCCUUCAAAAAUGAGACUGCAUCCUGCUGCAGUGGUGUUCAGAAGUUGGAAAGCAUAUUAACAUUAAUACCUCGGUUCCAACAGAUGAAUGAAUCCCUUCAGAUACUAGUCAAUGAGAAUCAAAAGCGCAACCUUAUUUCAGAAAGAGUUAAGUCUCCUUCAGAACCUUCACAUAGUGAAAACACCAUCCCUCGUCUCAGCAAAGUUCAGCAUAAUUCAAACACAACAUCAUUAACUCCACAAGAACGUCAACAAGGCAUAGGUCACCUUCAUGAGAACCUGUUGCAUCCCACAGCAGAGCAGGAAGAUUAUGAAGUUCGCUUACAAACAGUAGAGGCAAAAAUAAACAAGUUUUUGGCAAACAACUGUGUCUCGGUAAGAAACGUCAAAGCUGCUGCAACAGAAAAGGAUAAAGUUGUCUCAAACCAGCUUCAGACCUUGAGUUCCAGGAUCAGGGCGCUUGAAGCCAAAUCCAUACGCUUUUCCGUGAGCAUCCCUGUCUUAAACAAAACCGCCUAUGAAGCACGCGGCUUGUGUCAGGCUAUCUCUGGAAACAUACAAGCCAUGAAUGCCAGCAUUCCCAAACUAGUGAAACUGGUUUAUCCAGAGAGUUCGCUGUUUCAGAAGGGCAUGAAAGAACUCACCGAAUCCAUGCUGGAGGUAAAGGCAGAAACGAUCCUGUCCAAUCUAACUUGGUAUGUAGACAAAUCGCUAGCUGACGCGGUAGACAAUAUCACUAAACGUUUGAAGGCAACUCCUGCAAUUGCUAAAAAACCACCACCAGGAAAAAAGAUGCCAGUGAACCCCAAUACGAACCAGGCUGGACGAAGUCAGCGAAAUGCAGAUUCUACCCUAGAAGCAGGUGAUUAUCUGAGCUGCAGUAGCUCCCCAUGUCAAAAUGGGGGGACUUGUGUCAAUGAGAGACAAGGCUUUGUUUGCGCAUGCCGCUUUCCUUUUGGAGGGGCCAACUGUAGCACAAAGAUGGUGGAAGAAAACACCCAAACCAUUGACUUCUCAAAAGGAUCUUACAGGUAUGCACCAAUAGUAGCCUUUUUUGCCUCGCACACAUAUGGGAUGAAUUCUCCAGGCCCGAUUCGAUUCAACAAUCUGGACGUCAACUAUGGCUCCUCCUAUGUCCCAGCGACUGGAAGGUUCCGUGUGCCAUAUCUUGGUGUUUAUGUUUUUGAAUAUGCCAUUGAAUCAAACAGCCCUCUCAUCUCAGGCUACCUAGUGGUAGAUGGAGUAGAUAAGCUAGCUUUCCGGUCUGAAAAUCCAAAUAAUAACAAAUAUGUUGAAAGAGUGGUUACCGGUGAUGCCUUAUUGGAACUCAACUAUGGACAAGAAGUCUGGCUCAGGCUGACAGCAGGCUCUAUCCCAGCCAAAUAUCCACCCAUAACUACAUUCACUGGAUACUUAUUGUACCGUACAUAAACCAGUUGCAGACAAAACUGUCAGCUGCAAAGGAAGCACUUUGGCUUUCCCCCUUUGCACUUAAACUUAUUCUGCCUGAAAAACUGAAUCUCAUUUAGGAUUGGCACCUUAUCUUUGAUAGGUCACCAGUGCUUUUAACAGAGGUAGGAUAGAUGCAAGCUAGACACAAAAGAACUAUCUCGUCUCUGCUUCCCUUUGCUGGAGAACCGAUUUAUUGGCUGCAUUUCUGCCUAUAUGCAUACAGUUGUUAAAUACAGAGAGAUUUUACCGAAAGACAGGUGGUAAACCCAAUCCCAUUGUAUUUUUAUCUGAGUUUCAAAUUUCCCAAACUGCUUGUUAUUUCAUCUUGUAUUGGCUCAGUGAAAGACUUUGUAAAUAGCUCUCCUGUUUUUCCAGGCACUGCAUUAUAUGAACUAUUUCAGUAUGUCUACAACUACCCAGUUAUUUGGACCACUGCAAAAAUAAAUGUUAUCAGCAGUAUGGA